AUGGCGGAGCACAACAUUGUCGUGUUUGCGGGAGACCACGCUGGUCCUGAGGUUGUAGCUGUGGGAAUCAAGGUCCUCAAGGCCAUUGAGCAACACAGUCCCAGUGCCGGCAAAUUCAACCUGCAAGAUCAUCUUCUAGGAGGCUGCUCCAUCGAUGCGACCGGCUCUCCCCUAACAGACGAAGCUCUCGCCGCCGCCAAUGCCGCCGACGCCGUUCUCCUCGGCGCCAUCGGAGGCCCCAAAUGGGGUACCGGUGCUGUUCGUCCAGAGCAGGGCCUGCUGAGGCUGCGAAAGGAGAUGGGGCACGCCGAGGUGUGCCGCGGCACAGACUUUGUCAUUGUCAGAGAUGCCUGGGACACUGAGCCUUACUCCCGAGUUGAGAUUGAGCGUGUGGCUCGCCUGGCCGGCUUCCUGGCUCGCGGCCGUGGCGAGACCAAGGUCUGGUCGCUGGACAAGGCCAAUGUCCUUGCCACCAGCCGUCUGUGGCGCAAGGUCAUGACGGAGACGUUUGCCAAAGAAUUCCCUGAUCUGACGAUUGAGCACCAGCUCAUCGACAGUGCUGCCAUGAUCAUGGUCAAGAACCCUCGAGGCCUCAACGGCGUGGUGGUAACCAGCAAUCUGUUUGGUGACAUCAUUAGCGAUGAGGCCAGUGUCAUCCCUGGCAGCAUCGGCUUGUUGCCCAGUGCCAGCUUGACCGGCAUUCCUGAUGGAAAGUCCAAGUGCAAUGGCGUGUACGAGCCCAUACAUGGCUCUGCCCCUGACAUCGCCGGCAAGGGCAUCGUCAACCCCAUCGGCACAAUCCUGUCCGUGGCGAUGAUGCUGAGAUACUCUCUCAACCUGCCCAAUGAGGCCAAGGCCGUCGAGGACGCCGUCAGAAACGCCAUUGACGGCGGUCUGAGGACAAAGGGCAUGGGCGGCAGCUCCGGCACCAAGGAGGCCGGCGACAAGAUCGUCGAGGAGCUUAUCAAGGUCCUCAAGGCGUAA